AUGUCUGACUUAGCUCCUCUGCACAUGAGCCUGGACAACAUGCAGUCCAAGAGGCCUUCUCAGACCUCAAGUCGUCCACACGACGCAGCCAGGGAUGUUCCUCCUUUGGAAUAUCAGGCAUCAAUCCAGUCUGAGAAGCUCCAAGAACAAGAUGACGCGGCGCCUCCAGGUGUGGCAGAGCCAACGCUACCUGCUGCUGCUCGCUUGCCCAUCGAGAUACCUCCUCCACCGAAAAGACCUGACAAUCUUCAAGAUGCGCUUAUGGAUGAUGCUCUGCGCUCGUUGCCACCUGCUGCCCACCGACACCGUCACACUCAACGCCGACCAUCUCCGGCCACUGUGAUUACCAUGUUCAACACUCCUAUCUUUGGCCCUGGGCCCGCCUCGGCACAAGCUGGUCCUUCCCCGAUUGUCUACCCACCGUCCGCUCCCACAUCAACAUUGCUGCAACGCACAGCCACCUCUGCAAGCGGUGGGAGCGUCGUCUCCGUGAGCGCCGGUUCUCAAAACUCUGCAAGUCGUUCCAGAUCCAAUGCUCUCAAAGCUGCUUUCACCCGAGUCGCCAACUUUGCUACUCCUUCCAGCCCAACGCAAUUGCCGACUCCAACGACCCCCAGGAUCAAGGCAAACCCUCCCAUGUACCCUUCAUCUUCCGUUCAAAAGACAAAGGAUGCCCGUCGAGCAGCUCGACGAGAGGCGAGAAAGGCAGAACGACUAGCGCGCCGUCGGAGAAAUGCUGAACCCGACCUUGCUGAUGAUGAACACGAUCAUCCUGACAACGCCACUCGCGCCGCACAACUUGGCGGCGAAAUCGUCGAACUUCCAGCAGAGCCGCCGCUUGACGUACCAGAGGCAAAUGCGCCUACGGCGUCUGCGCUUGCCAUGGCAUCUAAGGUCAGUCGUAAGCCCAAGCGGAAACUACAAUUCGCUCCCGAUCAGAGACGCAUCCGCAAAGUCGACCUACCAUCCAACUUUGAGGCUGAGGACAUCUAUCGCAACCUAGAUCAGUACGUCGCUGCUUCUCGUCAACGUCGCAGGACGCAACGCCAGCGUCCAGGAGCGAAAGCACGUCGCUCCCGUUCCCGUCGUGGCUCUCGCAGCAGUCGCGGUGGAAGUCGUAGCUCGGCUCUUGGCAGCGCAGCCUCAGAGAGCUCGAGCGGUUCCUCGUCCUCCUCGUCCUCUUUGUCGUCUUCCGGCAGCUCCUCAAGCUCCUCCUCGGGCUCGGGUCGUGGCAUCACCAUCGCACGCUUGCGAGCCUUCUUCGGUGACGGCUCCAGCUCCUCUUCAGCUCCGACUCGGAUGACUCGUCUACUGGCUCAUCCUCUUCAUCCUCGUCGUCCUCAACAUCAUCGCGCAGCCAGUUCGACCACAACCGACGGUUCACGCUCGCGACGCUCUUCAGUACGUCGUCUCUCGCUGCCCAGUAAGCGCGCAAAGUCGCGUCGUAGCGCACGUUCCCGUUCUCGCGCCGACCCGUCUGAAGCUAGCGACGUCCCCGGCUCGCCCGUCUCCAGCCGCAAAGGACCUAUGACGCCAUAUUUUGCUCCUCUGGCCGACUUCCCGCUUGGCAAAAGGGCCGCUGAGAGGCGUCAGAACAAGAAGGCCAAACAGGCAGCUAAGCGUGCAAAGAAGCGUGAGGCUCAAUUGAUUCGACAGGGUCGUUUACCGCCGAAACCCAGCCGCAGUGCUCGUGCAAAAGCGCUGCGAGCCAAAGAGCUGGCCGGAGGUGUUACCGAGUAUCAGCUGUUUACUCCUAUGAGACUGCCCAUGGAUUUGGCCUGUACCACCCUCUCCACUCUGGAAGCCACUCCCGAGCCGCAGCUCGGCUCGUCCUUUGUGCUCAAGAGGACGAUGAGAACGCGUGGCUGGGAUCAGAUCCGCAAUCAGCUCUACGUCAUGCGCAACUACCUUCGCCAGAUCGAUGGUCAAGGUGGUGAUGUCGGUCUUGAUCCUCAAGCAGCAUAUCCGACCUUGCAUCGGCACCAUAGACAUGCAGCAAAAGCAGCAGCUGACAAAGCUCAACGCCAUCCCCACAAAAAAUCUCACGCAAAGGAUCUCAAGAAGACUCGCAUCAACGAUGCGGCCCCUGAAGCAGCGCAAGAAGAGCUCGACUUCUUCGACGGUGAUUUGGCUCUGCCGCCACCUGCCCUCGACUUACCGGUGGACUCGCCGGAGCCAAACACCAGCGUCACCAAUGCUAAAGACGUUGGCUUUGCUACAGAAUCCAAGCAACAUUCGUUGCCAGACGAAAAGCAGCGCUCGUACUUCGACUAUGACCAAGACUUGCCUGCUGAUCAGGAAGAGGAAACGCGCACUGGCCGACAUCUUUCCGACAUGCCGCUAAGUCCAAACUAUGCCACGAUUUUUGGUAGAGACUUCGGUCGCGCUUCAACGAUGUUUUCCAAGAACAGAGAAGCGAAGAAAGAGGCGGGCAUCCAUUCGACCCCCCUCCCUCCCUCAGUCGGAAAAGAAAGCAGUCAAAGCAGUCAGGCGAGCGCUGGCAAGCCACCAACCGAUGGCAACCCGGGCAAGUCGACUGCGCCAGCGACGACAAUGGAUCACUCGGACCAAGGUGCUUGGUGGCUUCAUGUCCACUGCCCCACAUACAGAGACAUGUACGAGAUCUCCAAGCUCUUCCCCAUGCAUCCUCUCACGGUUGAGGAUGUCUUGCAGCAGGAUCCACGCGAAAAGGUCGACGUGUUUGAUCGGCUCGGAUACUAUUUUGUCGUCAUCCGAGCAAUCGACGAGCGAUAUUUCCGGUACACCUCGGCUUCAUCCAAAGGAUCUCCGGAAUCGCCUAGCUUUUCGGGCUCGUCUGAUGCGACUGUGCAUGGUGAUGCAGAAGCAAAAACCAAGAGGAGCGUAGACAAGGGCCAAGCUUCAAGGGAGGAAGGUGCCGAAAUGCACGAGAUGCGCGAUCUCAGUGAUAAGGCAAGCCCAAAUGGUGGAGACCCGCCCUUAAAGCGACACCAGGAUGACGGCCACAACACGCGCUUGGCCGCGCCAGCUCGGCUCGGCAAAGGUCGCGUGGAGAUUGUUGAAGGUAUCGGCGGUAAAGAAGGUCUCGAAGGUGUCAGCGUAGGAGGCAAUAAUCUCUAUCUGCUCGUCUUCUCGCACGGCGUCAUCUCUUUCACGUUUGAAGACGUGAGCAAGCACAUCGACCGCGUAGCUGCGCGUCUCUUGGAAAUCACACGCCCUGUCGAGCUGACGGCCGAUUGGAUCGCGCACGACCUCUACGACUCAGUGGUGGACGCAUUUUUCCCACUCAUCUCUUUCGUCCAGGCGGAAGUGGUCGAGGUGGAAGCCCUUGCUAGCGAGCCAGCGAGCAGCACAAGCAUCCGCAAGAAGACCAACUUUGCACCCAAGCAACGACGUCAGCGAGCCUUGCUCGGGUCGAAUCCUCAGGGACGACUGAUCAGUGUGGAGCCGGUGUUUGCAAGCUCGUCGCCUACAUCGUCCGAGGUGGAGAAGAGAACGCCGAUGCUCGAAGUGCGACGACUCAAGACGGUGCGUGCAUUGCGUCCGCUGCCCGUCUUGCGCUUACCUGACGGCAUCCUGGACCGCAUGCCGCAUUUUUUGGUCAAGCAAAAGCAAAAAGUUACCAUCUCGCGGCUUCCCGAGUGGGAGUUCAAAGACGCACUGGAAACCGAGAUGCGCCGUACAGCAGCCGAGAUCGAUGAGGCAAGCAACUCGGUCUUUGACACGCAAGCGGCGGCGGACCAGAGUAUCAUGUUGCAUCGAAUCGCUGACACGCGCAAGAUCGUCACGGGUCUCUCUCGACUGCUCGCUCCGAAACACGACGCUGUCAAAGGUUUGCGAAAACGGCUUGCUGAUAUGCAACAGCUGCAACGGCGUGAUGAAGCAUUGCACCGGAUCGGAGGCAGUGCACGAAGCAUGCUGGCUCGAACCGAAGUGUCCAUGUACAUGUCCGACGUGCACGACCACAUCAUCUCGAUGCUCAACCAACUCAAUUCCGGCGAAGGCCGACUUUCCGAGAUCCAUCACACCUACUUGGCGCAGAUCACGAUCGAGAAUAGACGCUUCCGACAGGGUGCAGAUUCGGCAAUCUUCACCUUGGCAAGCGUGGCUUUAGCCGUCCUGAUCAUCGUGUUCAUCACAUCGAUCUUUUCGGUCAACGUCACUAGGCCGGGAAACGAAUUGAAGAGCAACAGGCAUGCAUGGUUCAUCGGCAUCGCGUGCGUGGCCGCUUGUGUCCCGCCCGUCUUGUAUCUGUACGUCAGGAGACUGUACAAGCAGAGUAAACGCAAGGUGGCCGACAGGAGUGCCGCAAGGUAG